GCGUCUGCGCAUAAACAUAGGGAAUCGGUAUUUAAAAAAAAAAGUAUCUUUUUUCUCAUUAUCAGAAAAUGUUUUCUGUUUUAAUUCUACCUUAAAGAUUAAAAAUAUAUAUAAAUUUAUGUCUCGAAAGUGAUAACUUAAAAAUAUAUAUUAGUAUACGGACCGCUCAAAAUUGUUUUGUGGGAAAUUACAUUCAUAAAAAAUAUUAUUUUCAACAUUUAUAAUGUGAUAAGUGUACUGCAACGCUCAUCAAUGAUUAACAUAUAAUAGUAGAAUCAUGGGUUGAAACAUAUUGUUAGUUGGUUUGUAACGGCGACCGGCUUGCGAGCGAGGGAACUCCCCAUGCAUUUCUGGAUCGACAAGCGCAGCCAGGCGUGUGGUUUCAGCGGGCGGCACCGCGUGCCGGCGCCUCUGUGCGCCCAGCACCGCCGGCGCAGCAGGCGCCCGCGCGGCAAGCCCAUGGUGACCCCGGUGCACCGCUUCCAGCCCAUCGAGUGCACGGGCGGGGGCCAGCACGGGCGCCGGGCGGCGCGGCAGCUGCACGCCUCCGCCGGCCUGGCGGGGCCAGCAGCGCCGGGCGCCCGUGCCUCGGAGCUGGACUCGAGUGUGUUCCUGGACGUGCCCCUGGAGGACAACGCCAACGCUCCGCCCCGCGCCCCACAGCUGCUCCCGGUCGGGCGGCUCAAGUGCGGCAUGUGGGCGACCUUUGCACUGGCCUCCGUGUUCGUGGCCGGAGCCAAGUUCUACUUCAACCAUCAGGGGGCGGGCCUGGAGGUGCUGGUGUUCUGCGCGCUGCUGGUAGCGCUGCUGCUGGCCGGCUGCACAGCGCUGCUGUGCCGGGCACGGACCACGCCCGCCCCCGUGCCCCCGCCGGCCGUCCCCGCCCCUGUGCCAGCCCCCGUGCUAGCCCCUGUGCCCCCCGCCCCGCCCCCGGAGCUGCCCCCGCCGCCGUACCACGUGGCCGUGCUGCUGCCCGCGCAGCCCGAGGACGCUCCCCCGCCCCCCUACGACAAGGCCGUCAGCUAGUCACGCCUUCUCUCCCUGGCUGCGGCCCGGCCUGCGGGUCCCGGAGCGGGAAGCAACGGUGUUGCAGCCACCACCUUCAGCGUUCGGUAGCUGCUCCAGCGGUGCAGUUUGACUUUGCGAUGGAAGAAAAAAAAACCUGAAGCCAAGAAAUUUCAGACAAUGGCCUACGAAACCUUGCCAAAUUUGUUAUUAGGAAAUAGAAUUAUUCACGGAAGUGUGGGUGCGCCGAUUUCCGUAGCUCUCGUUAUUAUUUUGCAAUUUUCAAGUAAUUCAAUCAGCUUAUUUUUUAAACCAGGUUUAACGCGAUACUAAUUAUCCAUCACUUUUUUCUUUCGUUUUCCGUUUGUUUUGUGCUUAUGAAUCAAGGAAAUACCAUCAUGUCGUCUUUUUUUUUUUUCUAUUUUUUUUUAGUUAGCUUUUGCAAGAAACCAAAAUUUUGAAGUUCUCAAACUUUAGCCCUUAGUAAGUAAAUUGAUAUCUGACCUUGCAUUUAUUGUUUUAAUUAUAUUUACAUUCAACUCUCAAUAAUCCACAGAUAGAUUUUCUACUAUUUUUGCAUGCUAAUUAAUACAAAUAUUGUAUUGUAACUACUCUUAAUGUGUGUCACAAUAUGAAAAACAAAACAAGUUGAAAAUGUCAUUUUGAUUGCGAAUCGCAGCCAACGUGGUUUAAUGUGACUCUGGUAACCCUUCUCACACUGCCGCCCACCUAGAAAGGAAGGUCAGUGUCCCAAACACGAAGACGUGUCACAGUACAUUACAUUGUUCAACACUGGCCCCUCUCUUCCACUUACUAGUGAAGAUUGUCUGUUGGCAAGACUGCCUGAGUCGCAGAUAACCACAGGAGAUGUACAUACGUACCGCUAUUUAUCUGUUUGUCUCGUGCUCACGUAUGUGUGUGUUUUAUUCAAAAUGGUGUCCGGCCGCCAGGAUUCGACAGCGUCACUGUGAUGCCUCUGCUUGCUGAAAUAAUAAAGUGUGGCUAUCAAUAUCAGUUCAAAUAUUGAGAGAAUCUGGUGUCCUGUACGUAGUCAAAGCAGACUGCGCCAGUGAGAAUGGAUGCUAUCGCUUAGCUACGGUAACUUUGUAUUCAUCUGUAAUAGGAAGGUUCAGACAUUGCCGUGUACUAAGUGCAGUUCAGUAUUUAAAAUUUUGUUUUAAACUUGUUUUAUACUGUUUGCUGUUUUAUGAAAUGAUUUUAUUCCUGGGACAUACAUUUACUAAAAGAAAAUUGUAAAAAAAAAUUUCCUAACUUUCCAAAAAGAAGCCAUUAAAAAUGAACGUGGAGCACCUCAUUUUGCUUAAACGUAUGUGUCACUCUUGAGUUUUUUUUUUUUUAAUGCGAAAAUGACACGAAUUUGCAUGUCUUACGUAAAAUUUUCUUAAGUUGACCAGUAACCAAAUAAUUUUUUUUUUAUAUAAUUGGGCAGUUUUUUAUUUUUUCAGCGAGGCACUGAAAUAGAUAUUUUGCUGGCUACUUGCUAAAAGCCAGUCAUGAUUUCUUGUCAAUUCUUUCUUUUGGCUCCAACAAAAGGUCCUUUUUUCCAUUCUGUAGUAUUUUUUUGUAAUGAAAAAGUCUACAUAUUAGGGGGGAAAAACUGUAUGUCUCAGUAAAUAAUCAGUUCCUGUUAGAAUCCACUGAAAAUAAACUGUGGGCAUUAAAUUAGCUCCAAGAUAUGAAUGCGUUACUACAUAUGUACUUAUGUUUUUGAGGGACAACAAGACGGUGAAUAUAUAUUUUUUUGUGCUAACUUUUUGUUCUCAAGACUUGAGACUCACAAAGUAAUUUAUUGUCUUAACAAAGUAAUAAAUUCACUCUUUUUCUUGUAACCGACGACGCUGGCUGCUUGGCUUAAGUUCAUUACUCUAUGUUUAUGUAUUAUUUGGCAGUAAGAAGUUAUAAGUAACACCCUUAUGAAAUAAUUUGUUCAGAAGAUGUCCUUUAUUUAAAUUAAAUAAUGUUUCAUUGAAAAUAACAUGUUUGCAAGAAGUCUUUAAAUGACCAUAAAAUAUAUUUCAUCAAUGUGAGUUUCAAUGCAUCAUAAGUCUAUGUAACUUAUGUAAGUACAUAACCUUAAUUUAUUAUACAUCAUUUUUAAUUAAGUAUCGGCAGCAUUUCUCCCCCUUGAAAAGUGCAGCUAAGUGGGAGUUUACUAAUCAUAAUUAGGGACAAGUUCAUAUGGUGAAUUGCGAUUAAACUGAAAUAACACCUCAAUGAAUAUCAAAACAACUUAUUACACCUAAAUGCAAGUUAAUGCGUUAUUUAGCAACAAAAUGUAACUAAAAUCAUGAAAUCAAUGAGCAAUUUGACUAAACUUAACUUAAUGAAAAAUACAAAAUUGUAAUCUUUUAUCAAGCUAAAUUCAUUGAAUGUGAUUGAUUUAUCAUGAAUUUUGUACCAAAUAAGCUAACCUAAAUGGAUAGGAAAAAAAUUAAUAUUAUAAUGUUUGAUUUGGCAUGUCUUACAUUUGUACUUUUUUACGUUAAUGACUGCACAAGUUUAAACAAACAAGAUUUUCCAAUUUAUUUUUAUUUUACUGUAUAAGUGCAUCAGGUGUCAAUCAAAUUGAGUCUGUUUUGGUGGAAUAAGUAUUAAGAAAUAUUUUUAUUUCAUAUUUGUUGAAUAAUACACUUUUUUUCUAAUGAAGGAAGACUAUAUCUAUAUGUAUAUAAAAAUAAAAACGUUACGCAGGCAUCCCCUGAUUUAAAAAUAAAAUUGUCUAAAAAUAAAACCUUAUAAUCUUGUCCCUAAAAAAAUAACAAUGAAUAAAUUUUAAUCCAUGAACUAUGAAUGAAAUAUACUAGAAAAAAACAUUUUCAGCAUACAGUUUGCACAAAUAUGUACCUAUAUAUAUAUAUUUACGUGCAGUUGGAUGAAUGUAAAAGUCCUUCAUAAAAUGUUAACUGGCAUACCUUAAAAAAAUAUAAACGUUCAAUCUAGUGCACUAGGAUGCUAGGAUUUUUAUGGCUUAGACUUGAUAGAUUUUUGCAGAAAUUUUGUACUUACGUGAAUGUGUUUUUAUAAAAUUAUUUGUACUGUUUUAGUUUUCGAUAACUUAUAGAGUAUAAGGUGAAUUGCUUAUAGUUUAUUAUUGUUGAAUCUUUGAGCCUGUGAUUCAUUAAAGUUUUCAAUUUUUCAUCCGAGUUUUUUAUGAUUUAAAUUUAUCCUGCUAUAAUGAUGUCUGCUACAUUGUUAAGUCACUAAUUUACAAGUAGUUUUAUUCUACACAGAUAUCUUGUUCUGACUCUAUAUUUCUGCUCAAGAAUUUCUACAUCCAUAUUAUAAACAGACUCAUAGAUAACAUUGUUAUAGGUUUGUGUUUUCAUUUUAAACAUUUCUACCAAGUAUUUUCCUAUCACAUAGCGUUAUUUUAUCAUUAAAAAAAUCUCCUGGACGUCUUGAUAAAAAGUGUGGAUUGAUUUGAGUUUUUUACGUUGUUCGUAACAUCUGGUGUCGCAUCCACUUUGCCGCUUGCUGUCUCGCCUGCAUCAUUCGACAAGUCUAUAAGGUCUCGUUAGUUUAACAACCCCUUUAUCACUGGGACUACAAAUCAUAAUCAACCAGAACAUUCUUAAUCAGAUUCGUUUGGUUUGUGCUUAUUGAAGGUCAAGGGUGCUUUAGUUCCAAAAAUUUAGUCUAAUAUAUUUUAUAGUUCUGACAGAUAAAAUUACUUUAUAUCUGUAUGGUUGGCAUUAUGUAACUAAUCAUGAGCUCAGCCUAAAUGCCUUGGUGGUAUUAAAUCAAAUUCAUAUGUCUACUAAUUAAAAAUAGUGAACCAAAUAAAUGUUUUGCUCACUAUUAGUCAGCGGUAUACAAUAUUUGAAUAGACUGGAACUUGGUUAAGUGUGUUUCAUUUGAUUUCACAUUAAAUUAAAGUAAGUUAAAAACUAAUUUGACAAAAUUUUGCAUGUUAAGUUUAAAAUAGUUCAUUUAUUAAUAUGCUUGUUGCCCUUAAGUCAGAGGGUACAACCAAAACGUUAACUAACAUCCACGUGGUGGAGGGAACUGCAAAGAACCAUCAGUAAUAAUGAAGAAGAACAACUUUAAUCCUGGAUCCUUUUGCAUUUAGAAGUUAAUUUAUUUUAACUCAAAAAUAUACUUAUUCAAAAAUAAUCAACCAACAAAUCAGAACCAUAAAAAAAAAUUGCAAAUGUUUGUCAACAAACUGUAACGCUAAGCCCAACACCUUAAAUAAUCAUUACUCAAAGUCCCGCAUACGGCUUGCUUUUCAAACUGACACAAAGUUCACCAAAGGUAUUUUAGGUUCUUAACAGGUGUCUGAUGCAAAAAAUACUAGCCCAGUAGAAAUGAGAGAUACGUCACGCAGCAUAAGUUCAACAGUCAGGGAGAUUACGAAAAUUCAUUCUUUUCUAGCUCCGUGAAGACUCUGUGCAAAAGUUAUUUCCUGUUAGUUUCAACUUGUUCAGAAAAACGUAUAUUUCAACGUAAGUGUGCGUUUGGUCAUCACACGUUUUGGAAAGAUUACAAAUUUUACAAAAAUCAGCUCCCGAGGGGGAGUUUCCAUUUGUUUCUUAUAAAAAUCUACAGUUUUACUCUGAUCUCAAUAUUUUGCAAACUUGACAUCAAGGAAGGUCAGUUUAUUUGAGAUUUUGGAAAACCAUCCUCAUCCUCUGUUCCCGUACCCAUUAAAGCAAAAUGUCGGUAGAUAUUUACUGUCAUGAGAUUUCGAAAAACAUCAUUCCUAUCACACUAUAAAAGAGCUCUUUAUGAUAUGUUUGGUAGGUGCAACGCCAUGUAUGACAUCUAGUAAAUAAAUAAAAUAAUUAAAAUUUUGCCCUCUUUCCAUAGUUGUAGACAAACCCAUUUGCCACCAACCUAUCUAAACAUUGGCUUGAUUCUACUCACUAGAGAUAAAAAUGUUAAGUUUCACAGAGUUUUAUUUAAGUGACUAUACAUUAUAGCAGGAUCUUUUGUGUGGUUAAAAGUUAAGGCUCUGAUCUGAUCUACUUUAAGAAUGUUAGUUCUUUAAGACAUUUGGAAGCAUUUUGAUAUGUAAUAGCUUUAUUUGCAAAACCUGGUGCCAUGUACAUGUGUGAUAUCCGUAGUGAUUUUGAUAGCCUGCAAGUCUUACUGUAUUGGCUCUUUGGAAGUCAAGAUUCUUGAGUGUGUACAUGUGAUUGUAUCUUCGUGGUGCUUCCAGGAGUUUACAUUUUAUAUGUUUGUACAUAUACAAUAAGCACAAUUCUGUGUAACUGCACUGUAAAGAAUGUGUUUAUAAUGAUUCAUUCACUAUAACAAUUAAAAAAAACUUAACCCAA